AUGGCAUCGCCUUCGCACGUUGCUCACCCACGGAUAUUCCUGUCAGGCGGAGCGCACCGUGUGCUGAAAACGUCGACGAAUAGGACAAGGCCGCUCGUGUACAACCGCGUGCCGAAGGCGGCGUCGACCAGCAUGAUCGUUGUGCUGCAGCGUCUCGCCAGGCGCAACCACUUCGGCGUCACCAGCGCGCCAGCCAUGCAAUACUGGCCGCGACUGACGGAACUCAGGGCACGCCUCGAGUCGCUGCGGCCAGACCACUGCUACAUCAACCACUGCUCGACCCUCGAUGACUCGCGACGGCAGUGGCUGUGGAUCAACAUUGUCCGAGAGCCACUGGCGCACUACGAGAGUCUGCACUACUGGGAACGCCGCGGCCUGCGAGAGCGGGCCCGACUCCAAAAGCGCGACCCUGUGUGCGGUUGCGCACACCUCGAGUUGGCGCCGUGCUUGAGCGUGCGGCUGCAGCGCAAGUGUCCGAUCCGCUUGUGGCAGCAGCGCAACCUGUUCUGUGUGCCCGACGCCUCGUGGGCCGCGCAUGAGAACGGGCCGCCACCGUGCAGCGUCGAGGAAGCACUGCAGAUCGUGCAGCAGCAGUACCUCUUGGUGGGCCUGGCGGAGGAGUUCGACGUGACCCUGCGUGCUCUGGAGGCGCUGUUGCCACGAUACUUUGCGGGCGCGAGCCAGAUGCUGGCCGACGGCCCGAUUGCCGCCAACGUUGGCUCCUCCAAGGCUGCGACGAGGUCGGCAGCCAAGAACCUGACUAGGCAGUACAUUGAGCACGUGCUCGUGCACAACGCGACGAACUAUGCGGGCGAGCGGCUCUUCUACGAGGGCGUGCGACGCGUCUUCCGCGAGAAGCUCGCGGAAGCAAGUUUACACAGUCGUGCUUUCCUUAGUUGA